AUGAUGAUGACAUCUUCAACUGACAAAAUCAUUCAUAGUCCUAGUGUACGCAGUUCAUGCAGCCUAACAGAUAAAUAUUAUUUCGACUCAGCAGUACAAGGUAUGGCAUUGAAUAUAUGUAAGGACGAAAAUCAUCUGCACGUGGAUAAUUCUGAAAUACUUUCUGAUAAUCCAGGUGAUGAAGAAGAUGGAAUCUAUGAAUAUGUCUUGAAUAAAGAAUAUAGGCAGAAAGAACAACAAAUUAAGGAACUAAUUAAAUACCAGACAAAAUCAUCUGAUAGCUCAAUUGACGACAGAGAAUUUACUGUGCCUAAAGAAGACUUGAAAAUUUCGUUAAAUCAGAAGAAGUUGAUAAAUACUCAAUGGGAUGAAUUGAAACCAUAUAGCACAAGUGAUCAUAAUGAUGGCGAAGAUAUACUAUCCGAGAUUGGUGUUGACAUCUACAACGUCGGUAGUCAAUCAAGGCUUGUCUGUAACAUAUCUACAAGUGAGGAGAGUCCAUUAAGUUUCCCUUUAGUAAAAGCGUAUUAUUGUGACAGCUCUGGAACUGGUCGAUGUAGUUAUAUCAGCAGGAUUCCUAGUCAAGAUGUGGAUAAUUAUGAUGCUGUUAAUAAUGACGAAAACAAAUAUGUCAUCUCAAAUAGUCUGGACAAAAAGGCAGUUUAUGAUCAAGAAGCCGAGCAUGAAAACUUGCCUAGUAUUAAUUACGUCAAGGGGAAAUCUUUGCAUAGAUGUGUAUCACACAGUGCAAUUACUGACUGCAAGUCAUCUGUGAAACUAGAACCUCAUUGUGGAUAUAGUUCAUCCUACAAUCCACUUAAAAUACCUUCAUCAGUAUUAUCAUGGCCUACGCCUGUGCCAUUCAGACUGUUAACUUCGCAUCCAACCCAUCCUGCAUUAGACAUUACCAGUUUGUUUAAGUAUAGAAUUAAUUAUCCAUUUUUAGUUCAAUGGGUUCAGACAUUAUUGCAAAUCUAUUUAAAAUGGCGAACUGGUGAGAAAAUUCCGGAUAAUUUAGCUAUACAAAAUGCAAGACAAUCUGUUAACCACUUCUUAGAAUUGGUAAUUAAAAAGAAAAUCUACAAAUCAAAACGAAACUACAAACGUCUAGUUGAAGUUAAUGGUGAUAAAUAUAACACUACUGACAAUCUGCAUGAUAUUGAAGCUGUACCGAAUGAAAAUCUCCAAUGUUCAAUAUUGAAUUUAAUUUUAGACGGUGAAAUUGAAAACCCUGAAAUAUAUGAAAAUCAACUAUGGAAACGACGCUACUACAAUCUACUGAAUGCGGUUGAUUUCGUGUAUAAGGACUAUCAGUUAUUGCAUUAUGUGUGCAGGGAAGGUCUGUUUGACUAUGUUUUAUGUAGUCCAAGUACUUCGAGUGACUCUAAUUAUAAAUGGCAUGACGGCGGCAAUGUUGACAAAAAUACAGAAAAGAUAACUAAUCAUGCAUUGAUUGGCUCUGAUCCCAUCGGUUACUUGGCAUUCAGGAUAAAACAACUUUUAUUAUUAGAAAAGAAAUCGAAUUCUUCAGGAGGUCAGAAUAAUUUGAAUCAAUGGCCUUGUUCUCUAAGCAUAUCAGUAGCCUUCCUGAGUGAUAUAAUUGCACAAAGUCGUAUACUACGCAAUGAUUUGGAGCACAGGUUAGCGAUUCAUGAUCGUCUAGUGUAUGUACUAGGACAAGCCAGGGAUCAACGAACUAAACUGAAACUUCAUAUGCAUAAACAAAAUGAAAUUAUCACUGAAUUAACGCAUAAACUAAAUCUAAAUAAACAAAAUAUCAGUCAGUUAACUGCACCGAUCACUGGAAGUGUUGAUAUCCCGUCUUCUGUAAGGAAAGAUAACUUUUCCUCAGCAAUAACAAGUCCAUUUAUCGAUACAGAAAAUCCUCCGAAUGAACUAAUGAGGUCAGAUUCACCAAACAGUCUGUAUACUUUUAACAAGAAAGAUAGACAACAAGACAAUGACAGACAAAAACUGUUAGAAUUAGAACAAAAAGUAAUUGAAUUACAAAAUCAAAUUGCUUCGUUUGAGAGAGUGUUAAAAGAGGAAGAAGCCUACCGUAAACGUAUACAUAAUUAUAUACAAGAAUUAGUGGGUAAUAUUCGUGUAUUUUGUCGGUUAAGACCAAGUAAUAAUAACACCAAGUUUAAGAACACUACAAGUAGUAAUGAAAAGUUGAAAAGUUCACUCAGUGUUGAAAAAAGCUAUUUAAGUGUUAAUUCGAAUGACAAAUUAUUAUUUUGCACAGAAACAAUACGUGAUUAUAUUAGAAAGCAACAGCAAUGUCAACAACAAAAUCAGAUCAAUUCAUCCGGAUUGUUCAACAAUCUCAAAAGUAUACCAGGUGUCGGUGUCAAUGGCAUUAGUCCCAGUGGAGUUGGAUUUUUAACGCAUACAAAUAUCCCCCGAUGUUUUAUAUUUGAUCAUGUUUUCGGUCCCGAAGCUCAACAGAAGGAUAUAUUUAAUGAAAUCGAGGAUUUAAUUAUCUCUAGUUUAGAUGGAUAUAAUGUUUGUAUAAUGGCUUAUGGUCAGACAGGCAGUGGGAAAACGUAUACAAUGAUGGGUACUAAAGAUGAACCAGGUGUGAAUAGAAGAGCUGUCAAACACCUAUUCGACAGCUGUUAUAAGCGUAGACACUGGAAGUAUACUAUAACAAUGAGUAUGGUGGAAAUUUAUCAAGAAGAUGUCUAUGAUCUCCUAUCGAAUGAUACUUCACUCUCUAUCAACACAAAUGAUAAUGGAUACAGAGAAAACAGCAAUGAGAGGAAAACGGAUCCAUCAGUUGGCAUCAGAUCACGCAAUAUAAUGAAGCUCAGUAGUAGCAACAAAAAGCUACCAAAGUCCAGUCGACCGAUAUUGCCAUGGAAUACUUGGAUCAAUACUAUGAGCACACAACAUUCCAAAUCUCGAUACACACUUUAUAAUCAACAUCAGUCACGUCAGCGUAAUUCUGUACGCAUACUGACCAAUGAAACCGAUGAGCUGAUAUUUAAAAAUCUUAAGGAACAUCUUAUCACUAGCGAAGAUGAAAUGUUGUAUUAUUUAGAAAAAGCUGAAAAACAACGCCAUGUUGGUUGUACACAAUUGAAUAUUAGUAGUUCAAGGUCACACUUAAUUAUUCUGUUAAAAGUUCACGGUGAAAAUCAUUUACAUAAUAUAACUAGUCAUGGUGCACUAACCUUAGCUGAUCUAGCUGGAUCUGAAAAUGUCACAAAGUCCGGAUCAACUGGUGAGCGGUUUUUAGAAGCAGCUUGUAUUAACAAAUCACUGAGCUCAUUAGGUCGUGUAUUUGAUGCCUUGCGACGACAACAGAAACCCACCUACAGGGAAUCAAAGUUAACAUAUCUCUUAAAACCAAAUUUAAGCGGUGAUUCCAAGUGCUUACUAUUAGUCACCUUAAGGACUGAACCAGAGCAUGCUGAGGAAACAUGGCGUGCAAUACACUUUGGACAAAGUGCUCUACAAGUUGUACCUGGUAAGCAGAGAGACAGUCGAAAUCGACAUCAUCAGUACUAUCAUUAUCAGUAUCAACACAGUCUUCCUUCAAACAAUCACCAUCAGUCAAUGAAUACACCCAGUUCAACAAAUAUAUCACUGCAUAUUAAUAGUGGUUUAAUGAGUCCUGCAUCCUUGCUUAGUUCUGUAAGAGCAGGGCAGAACGAUAAGUUGGUUUCAGUUAAAAAGCGUAGAACACUUCUUUCACAUUCUAUCUGCUCAACUGAUUUGGAGAAACAUAAAACAUGGAAGUAG